AUGGAUUGCCACACGAUGAUGGCACACUUCAGGGAGAUGUUGCGCUCAGAGAUCCAGGAGCCGAUGGCAGAGGACUUCGCGGAUGUGAAGACUUCCAUCGACAACGUAUGCAGGGACGUCGAGAGGCACGAGGCGUCCUCGGUUGGGCCUCCGCUGCUCUCCUCGGGGCUCGAGAGCGCGGCUCAGUCGGUCCCGUCGGGACCAAAGAAAGCGAGCGACAAGAUCUGCGUGACCAUCGGUGGCUGGGAUCGGGACACGCCUCGCGAUACUAUCCUGAACGAGGCCCGUGCGUUCACCGACACGAUUCCCGACAAAGCAGAGGAUGGUGCGUUCGUCCCACUCAAGCGUGCGAGUUUCUUGAAGGUCCGCUCCACGAGCUCAGGACGCAUGUGGGCUUGGGUGCGCUCUAUGAAAGGGAAGCAUAUUACCAUGCCGCAGCCGCAUCACCAGGGUCGACGAUGUUGGUUCUCAGUGGAGAAGGCCUCAGAGGAGAUUCGGCGAUUGAUGGUGAUCCGGUGCGCGAAGAAGGAGAUGAUCGACAACCUUGGUGUGCAGACGGCCGACCUGGAGAUGGACUACAUUCGUGGCCGCAUGAGUUUCAAAGAGCACGUCGCGGCCGACAUCAGCGCCCACGCGGGUGCGCACCUGAAUGUAGUCGAGUCCCAGGCGAAGGUGAAUGCGGGCCAGCGGUUGGACAAGGAGCGGACUCUAGAGGAGUCCGAGGCGCAGAUGGUCGACUACGAUGCGGCCAUCUUCCAGGGGGCGGGCUACUGGGGCAAGAUCGCGAAGCUAGGAGCAAGGGGAGGCGACAUCUACGUGACGCCGCGAGUCGAGGGGCAGAAGCAGAUGCGGCUGCUGGUGCACUCUCGGGCUCGACUUUUUCUUCGAGGGGACCUGCUGCCGUCGAGGCGUUCGGCGGCUCAUCAUUUUCGCAUUCGCAAGAAGGACUAUUGGAUUAGAUGCAGUCACUUCUUCCUUGGACAUUCUCCCAGCCAGUGCGAGGGCUCCUUGGAGCAACUCUCCGACCUGAUCACGAUGGCGCCGCCUGGGGCGUAUCCAAUCGUGGGCGCGGGCGCGCAGACGGCUCCGCCUCCCCCGCGGGCGGGCGAGGGGCGCUGGGUUGGGGGCUUCCCAGUCGGUCAGCGCACGCGUCGCGCCGAGAUUUCGACGCGGCUUCUGAUGCAGCACGACCGCGCAGCGACGAACACGUUGAUUGCAGCGGCCAGCGGACCCACCUGCCACUGCGACUUCAAGCACCCGCCAGCCCAGAUCGACUAUGUCCUGAUACCUGCUCGCGACAGCUGGAAGGUCAGCGCCGCGCUCGAGGAGGUCACCGACAGCGCGCAGUCCGCCCACUCGGCCACCGAGCCGGAACUCACCCUCGGCACCAGCGCCAAUUACAUCCAUGGCGGACGCGGUGCAUCUGGCAGCCGCAGCCCGUGGCAGGGGCCUGCCAGCGCGGAAGUCCCCAAGCUCCCCGAGAGCCACGAGCACAUGCAGACGCAGCGGAUGCUGGGGGCGCGUCGGCGGGGCACCCGCGACCGCGUGCAGCGUGCGAUCUACAGCGAGGACAUCAUCAGGACCCGCAGGAAGAUCUGGACCGCGAACAGGGCCCUGCAGCACGGCUUACACGAGGCUGGCAAUCCUCGAGUACGAGCACCUCGCCGAGCUCAGCCUGGGCCGGCCCGCAGCCAGCCGAUGAACAUGGAGGGGGAGAUCGAGGACGACCCGUUGCGGAUCAAGGAGCUUCUGGAGCGCGACCACGGCAGCGCCUUCAGGGCUAGCGACGGCGAGGAGCCCGUCGGCGUCUCUGCCUGCCCCACCCACUUCACGAAGGAGGACGUGCUCGACAUCCCGCCCUUCUCGCCCGAGAUGCUCCGCGAGGCUCUGAACGACAUGGAGGCUAUGAAGGCGCCUGGCGUGGACGCGGUGGUCGCCGAGGUCCUGCAGGCCCUCGACUCGGGCUUCCUCGCCUCGCUCGCGGCCGUCUUCGAGAACCGCUUCCGCGGGGUGCCAGAGUGCCAGGGGCCGAUCACGCCCCUGACCACUUUCGAGAAGCUCUACUCGAUCGGCCUGAUCAAGAAAUGCGGCGGCAAGCUGACCCUGCGGAGCCCACAGUGCGCCUAUCAAGAGUUCCACCAGGCGAUGGACGUGAUCUUCAGCAUGCGCAUGCUGAUGGAGAAGGCUCGCGAGUGGAACCGACCCAUCUUCAUCGUGGACGGCGGCGGCGAGGCGGCCUUCGACCAUGUUUCGCGACGCUCGGUCGAGGAGGCGCUGCGAAGAUGGGCCGUGCCAAGGCCCGUGAUCCUGGCCAUCAUGAGGGAGUUGAAGGCCUCGGCGGCGAUCAAGAUGGGCUCGGCCCAGACGCAACCAGCACUUCGGAGUCGUGGCAUUCGACAAGGAGACCCAGCCAGCACGAUCCUCUUCAACUUAGUGCUCGGGGACGCCUGGGAGGAGUUCUCGGGCGAGUGCUGGGCGCGCGGCCGGGGCUUCGAGUUCCCAGGCGAGGCGACGCUGUGCGAGGCGGGACUACUCCACGCCGACAACUUCUGGCUGUUCGCGGGCGCGGCCGAAACGCCGCGCCAGAUGACGAUGGCCUGGCGACGCAUCCUGCGAGAUCGCGGUUGGCACGUGCCCCCCUCUGGUCUGGCCUGGGGCGCGACGACGCUGGACCACGAGUUCAGCGACUACCAGAUGACGGUCGAGGACGGCAUCCUGACGCGCGCGCCUCGCGCCGAGGGUUUCCCCGGCCUCGGCUCUGUCUUCACCUUCGACGGAAGAUCUUGGAAGGGCACGCGGCGCAGGGCAGCGCGCGCUUGGCGAGCAUUCUGCGCUCUCAAGUUGUCUCUGCCUGGACGCGCCUGCCGCUGGCAGCGGGCCGCGAAGCUGCUCGAGCGAGCUAUCAAGCCUGUCUUGCUCUCUGGUUCGGGGUCGCG